GGCCGACAGGGGAGGAAUUUAAAGCCCCAUUGUUCUGGAAGAGCAGAGGCAGAAGGAGCAGACACACUCCGGACGACAUGGACGUGAGCUCAGCCAUGGAGAAGAUGUCUAUGAAGCAGAGUACAGCAGGGGCAGCCGUUUGCCAUGUAUGUGAGGCGAGCUGCUCUGGAUACCAGCCACAUUCCUGGAGAAAAGCUUGUAUCAGCUGUGGCUGUAGCGCGGUGGACCAUGCUCCGGGGAGUGACCUUGAAGAUGACCAGCGAAUGGGACGCCUGCUCUCAGACUCCCCGUGCUCCCACCUGACAGUGAAAGUCAAAGGAGGCGGUGGCCUUCGCAUAUACAAGAGGAACCGCAUGAUCGUGACCAAUCCAGUGGUGUCGCGUAAAGACCCGACCUUCAACACCACGACGUACGACUGGGCGCCGGCCGGACUCCACCAAACACUGGCCAUGCAGUACAUGGAGCUCAUCCCGGAGAGUCUUCGUCCCGUCUUGGGGACAGACGGAGCGUUGGAGCGGCACAGGCAGCUCCUCGGUCAGCUCCCUGCCUACGAUCAGGACCCCAUGAAGUGUCAGAGCCUCGCCACCGAAGAGGAGAUUUCCGCCAUGCUGCUGUUUGUGCAGAGCUACAAGCAGGAGGUGCUGGGAGUCGGCGAGGUGGCUUUACCUGGCGAGGGUGGAGCUCUGAGGGAAGCGUCCAAUCAGAGGAUGGCAAAGGAGGCCAAGGACCGAAGCAACAGCGACAAGAAGGAUGCUCUGAAGCACCAGGACCACGGCUCAACCAACAACAACAACAUCUCAGAUGACGGCUCCACUAACGGAACAGAUUGCAGCAAGAAGACUGGAUAUCAGUGCACAGGUUGCCACGGUGACGUUACCAUGGAGAGUCCGGCUGUUUACGCUGAGCGAGCUGGUUAUCAUGAUGCCCUGUGGCACCCCACCUGCUUUGUGUGUGCAGAGUGUGACCAGGGGUUGGCAGACCUGGUGUACUUCUGGUCCAAUCAGAAGCUGCUCUGCGGACGACACUACUGUGAGACGGUGUGGCCGCGGUGCUCAGGCUGUGAUGAGUUGAUCUUCUGUCAGUCUUUUCACACGGGGAAAGAUGGAAGAACUUGGCAUCAUCAGCAUUACUGCUGCUGGAAGUGCGGACAAAACCUGGAUACACCCUGUCAGCACUGAGACACAGUGUUGACUCAAUAUGGUGAUUUAAAAGACUUAGCACUGCUCAAAAACAGAAUUAUAGGGUAAAAAAAGACAGAAAAAAACAAAACUGUAAAUCUGAUAUCGACUGUGGUGGUUUGCCUGUUAUAUACAAAUACAUGAAAUGAGUAACAAAAUAGUACAGAAUUAGUAGCACUUAAAGUCAUUACAUUUUAUUUUCAUUUGACAAGUAUUUAAAAUACUCCAGAUGAUGUAUCAAUGUUUAACAUACUUAAGAUGUCUAGCUGACGUUUAAGCACUCUCAGUCGAGCCUACUGCUUUAAGUACUUAAGGGAAUGUUUAGUUGACACAGAAGUGUUUAAAGUACUUACUGGUGGAUUUAUUAUAGCACUUCAAGAACUGACAGUGACUGGAGCCAGAUGGUUUUAGAUAAAAACAGAAGCAGAAUCAGAUUUGUGUGUCAUUUUAGGAAUGAUCCAAUUAUUUGACUUAAAACAUAGGGAACUGGACAUGCAGAAGGCAGAAUUCAAAACUAAAAGUCAUACAGCAUCUAACCUAAUAUAAUAAAUACAUUUGCUUAGUCUUUAUCCUUCAAAAACGUUUUUAAAGCAAAAUGCCAUUUUUUUAGAAACAAGGAAAAUAUUUUAGCUAGUAGUGUUACUAGGUAAAUAUGUUGCAUAUAGAAAAAACACUGUUGAAUACAAUGUACAAUAAAAA